GAAAUCCGGAAGUAAAGUAGUACCCUGAAGGAAUAUAGGAUCCUUCCUCAACCAAUCCGUCCUACUCAGGCAUAGGAUAUAUCUGUCCUACUCAGGCAUAAGAUAUAUCCGUCCUACUCAGGCAUAGGAUAUAUCCGUCCUAACCAGACAUAAGUAUAAUCCGUUCUACUCGAACAUAGGAUAUAUCCAUCUGCAUCUUUCUCGGUUACAAGAGUAUUCCGUAUCGUCCUCCAACCUAGGAUAUUCUCAAUCCUAACUCAUCAAUCCUUACUUCAAACCUCAUCCGGAACCUUGACCAAGCGUAACCUCAUAAAGUUGAAUGAGGUGGGACGAGUCUAGGAUAAAUAACAGUGAUCAAUAUUCAUAAUCUGAUGAACCUGCUCUCUGCAUACAUACCUUAGCUCUACAGUUAGAUCAGAGCAGUGCUAACACAGUGAACAUGAUCAAUAAUAAGAUAUCUGGUAGUUAACCUGAGCUAUGAUACCCUCCUGUUAACCAACCCUACCUGUAGAUAUGAUACCCUCCUACCAUACAUACAAUCCAGCCAGACUCAGAAGAGCAGAGCUGGCUUAUUUCGGAAACUCAGGUAUGGAGCCCUGCACUCAGAGUCAGGGACGAACCAACCAAGACGCAAGAUUUUACGAUGGACGAAUCCUGGACGAAAGGUUGAUAUCUCUACAUGAGCGAAACCGUCGCGCCAGGAUUGAAAACUUGAACCGAAGACAAAUGGCGCGAAACAGGAUUGAUGUCUCACGCACUAACUCGGAAUCAUCUCGGGUGUAUGUUCCACGUCAAGGGGUGAAUAUGACCCAGAUAAAUUCGUCCCGUCAGGACCGAUACUCAAAAAGAGGGAUGAGAAACUGUAGUCCAAGACACGGCAGUAUGUCCCCUGGUCGUCCUAGUGAAUCUAGAAAGAAUUCGUCUUUUGGAGAAAGGACUCCGGGUGGGUUUGCAGACAGGUUAAAUAGAUUAAACAAUAAAAGUGAAAUGAUUCAGAAAAGUGGGUUUACAACUCUAGAUAUUGUGGACGGAGAUUGUGUGAGGGUGGAGCCGGACGAAUAUCUGGCUCAGUAUCGUCCACCCUCCGCCUCGCAGUUCACACCACAUAGACGAUACGGUUACGGGAGCUUAACUCAGGGACGAUCAAAUUUCUUCGAGAAUGAUGACGACUCCCCCCUGCAGGUGUCGAGUAUAGACGGUAUUAGCACUAACCUAACUCGUCCAGAGUACAGCUCUGGUCCCUCGUCACUUGAACAGGAUCUACUCGUCCGAUCUGACAGUCAGUUCUCCCUCCUCACCCCCUCACCCUUCGCUCUUGUAAAAACCCGGGGCGAUUACUCUCCAGGAAAGAAUGGUUCCACCCUGAACUUAGCUCUAGGUACCCCUUACAGCUCUAUCAGGAAGCGGAUCAAAUCUGUCUCUAUGAAAUAUUUGAAAAUGAUGCCGAAACUAACCGUGUCCAAAUCAAAUCACGACACGUCGGAGCCAAUUUUUGAGGACAUCCGUGGAGACCAGGACGUCCUUCGGUACGAGGACGUCCUUCUUGGCAGCAUGGAUAGAUUAGGGAUGGAGGGCAGGGUUGGAGGAAGAUCUGAGAGGCUGAGAGUAGACGAGGAUGAGGAUGAGGAUGAGGAGAAGGAAGGAAAUACAUUAAACAUUCAAGCUACAGUUCAUACUCUAUUUACAAGUGAUUUGAACGAUGACGAGGAUUCAGGGAUACUAGCUGAAGGGUCAGAUCGGGCCAGCAAUAGUUCAGAUUCAGGAAUUUAUCAAUCUAAAGGCUCUGUAACACCAGAUCAAUCCCAGAGCAAGGAUGGAUUCUCCACCAGCAGUGCUGAUACCACGGAGUUUAGUGGAACAGAUACAGACUCCGCCCCAACCUCCUCCUCUAGUCCGGAGCAGGCGGAGAGGAAGGAGCGUAAGGCGGAGAAGGAACGAAAAGGGCGGAAGGUUGACCGGAAACACUCUAGAGCUUCUUCACUUGAUAGACGGGAAAUCUUCCAUAAAUAUAUUCCCGGGGGAAAUCAACAUGCUCAGACUAUUAAACCUUUCCAGAAUUACAGUCAUGAGUUGAAGCAGGAGAGCUGUAAUAGUAGUAUCCCAACCCUGGGAAGGAAAGAGCUCCGUGUUGUUCAGCUCCGGGGGGUUGGAUCCCGCCGUAUUGGUAUCCAGGUUGCCCGGAUACUGGUGGAGGAACUAAACUGUGAAGGAUUCUUCGUAGUAAAUAUUCUACCUGGAGGAACAGCUCAAGGGGACGGACGCCUGAGUAUCGGAGAUGAGAUUGUAAACCUGAACGGGAGAAGGUUGAGAGGACUGAAGACGGAUCAAGCUCUCCAGGUUCUUGAGGCGUGUGAGAGUGUUGUAGACGCGGUUAUAUCUCGAACCAACGGCGGAGAGAAGGAAGAUUGGGCGGAGGCAAAAAGAAAGUGUAGUGAGUCAGAUCUUAUAGAUCUUAGUGAACCUAUUCUUGGUGGAGUUAAAACGGAAAUAGCUCCAACUAUAAUCACUAUUGGUGAAGGAGGGACGGAUAAGCCUGACUCCGACCUGAUCCAAACCACAGUAGACACUCCUCAGGUCACCAGGCAUCCUAUCCGCCAUUCUCUCCGCCAAAAGGUGUCCACCACAUCUAUCAGGACAGUUGAAACUAUUAUCUCCUGCGGAGAUACGGAAACUCCCUCGGUAUCUCGGAAAGUGUCGUGUUCAACUACCUCCACUUGUACGGACUCAGAGGUUUCAAACUUCUGUACAUUGCCGCGGAGACAUAAAGGUUCUUCCUGUCAUACUGUCGUCUUCCAGAAAGGACUUGGGAAAAAAUCUCUGGGAUUCUCAAUCGUCGGCGGAAAGGAUUCGGCCAAGGGUAGCAUUGGCAUAUUUGUUAAAACAAUUCUUCCGACUGGGCAGGCAGCACAGGAUGGACAACUUAUGGAAGGUGAUGAGAUUUUGUGUGUGAACGGUCAACCACUACAGGGGCUCAGUCAUAACGAAGCAAUUGCGGCAUUCAAGCAUAUCCGGUCAGGACCGGUCAUCUUACAGUGCUCUAGGAGGUCAAGGUCUAGGUUGUCUACUCCUAAGUCUCGUUCCUGUGAGGACAUUCUUGACACAACUUCAGAGGAGUAAACAAGGAACCAUUUUCAGAACUUUUUAAGUUUUUAGAGGAAAAAUAUAAACUCCAUAAUUUUUCCAUCCCUCCUGAACUCUAGUGCUAUAAUUAGUCAACUAAAAUUAUGAUUUAUAAUUAUUAAUAUUUUCAGAAAUAUAUAUUUGCACAUUA